GGAAGUGCAAGGUGGACACGGGCCCCACCGAUUCAACACAACUGCAUACAUAAGCACUUAUUAACAACAAGGCUGCUGUUUGGGUGUCAUGUUCAUGGGGGGCUAUCGCUAAGACACAUGGAGCCCCAAGAAGAAAAGCCGAUCAUUUAUACAAUGGAAAACAAGCCGAUCGUGACAUGUGGUGGAGACCAGGCCUUGUUUACAUCCCUCUACACCCCAUUGGCCCAACAGCUUCCUCGGGAGCCAAUGGAAUGGAGGAGGACCUAUGGCCGAGCACCCAAGAUGAUCCAUCUGGAGGCUAACUUUGUGCAAUUUAAAGAGGAGCUCCUUCCCAAGGAAGGCAACAAAGCUCUCCUCACCUUCCCCUUUCUCCAUAUCUACUGGACAGACUGCUGUGACACGGAGGCAUACAAGGGGUCGGUGAAGGAGGACAUGACACGCUGGCAGAACAGCCUCCGCGGCCACGGCUCGGUCGACUGGGUCAUCGUCGUCGUGGAAACCAACGAUGCCAAGAAGAAGAACAAGACCAACAUCCUGCCUCGCUCCUCCAUCGUGGACAAGAUCCGCAAUGAUUUCUGCAACAAGCAGAGCGACAGGUGCGUGGUGCUGUCGGACCCCCUGAAGGACUCGUCCCGGUCCCAGGAGUCGUGGAGCUCCUUCCUGCUGAAGCUGCGCACCCUGCUGCUCAUGUCCUUCACCAAGAACCUGGGCCGCUUUGAGGACGACAUGCGCACGCUGCGGGAGAAGCGCACGCAGCCCGGCUGGAGCUUCUGCGAGUACUUCAUGGUGCAGGAGGAGCUGGCCUUUGUGUUUGAGAUGCUGCAGCAGUUCGAGGAUGCCUUGGUUCAAUACGAUGAACUGGAUGCCCUUUUCACCCAGUACGUCCUCAACUUUGGAGCGGGAGACGGCGCCAACUGGCUGGGCUCGUUCUGCGCGCCGGUCCAGAACUGGAGCGGGCUGAUGCUGCGGCGGCCCAUCGACAUGGAGAAGCGGGACAGCAUCCAGCGGGGCGAGGCCAGCCUGCUGGACCUCAGGAGCUACCUGUUCUCCCGCCAGUGCACCCUGCUCAUCUUCCUGCAGAGGCCCUGGGAGGUCACGCAGCGGGCCCUGGAGCUGCUGCACAACUGUGUGCAGGAGCUCCACCUGCUGGAGGUGUCAGUCCUGGAGGGCGCUCUGGACUGCUGGGUGUUCCUCAGCUGCCUGGAGGUUCUGCACCGGAUCGAGGGCUGCUGUGACCCAGCCCAGCUGGCCGCCAACUGCUCGCACACGGUAGGCCUCUGGGCCUACGCUACAGACAAGCUCAAGUGCCUGGGCGAGCUGUGCGGCCUGGUGUCAGAGAAGGGUCCGACCUCGGAAGAUCUGAACCGGACUGUGGACCUGCUGGCAGGCCUGGGCGAUGAGAGACCCGAGACCAUCAACAGCUUGCUGAGCCCUUACAAGAAGCUCAAAGAGGCCUUAUCGUCCGUGGUGGCCUUCGAGAGGCACUACCUCGAGCUCUCUCACGCUGCCAUGGAGAUGUACAAGGAAAUCAACAGGCUGAGGUCAGCCAGGCUGGUGGGGAAAAGCCUCGCUGAGUUCUACAUGAGGAAAGGGGAACCCGAACGGGCUGAGGUCUUCCUCCAGGAAGCCCUGAAGUCCUACGUGUCGGAGGGAUGGAGCUUGCCUGUCACGCACACCAGGAAAAACAUUGCAGCGUGCCAGAAGCUGCUGGGGAGGACUGAGGACUAUCUGCAGACGUGCGCCUUGUUGGCGGGUGAUGCAAAUCUAACCGACGAGGAGAGGAAAAACUUCUGUCAGGAAAUCCUGUCCUUUGCAAGCAAAUCAACAGACAAGUCCGCUCAGAAAGUCACCCUCAGCAUGACCGCCUUCGCCCAGCUCACGCGGCUGGAGUUCCGUCCGUCCACGGCCUCCGUGCACUCGGGCGCCGUCCUUCAGGUGGAGCUGAGCCUGCGCUGCCUGAUGCCCGUGGCCGUGCGCAUCCAGCAGCUCUCGGCCAGCAUCCACUUCAGCCUGGAGCAGGCGGGCACCCACGGCCGGUCCAAGGGCCCGCCGAGGCAGACCAACCCGGGCACGGUGCACUUCGCCCAGCCCCACUCCUCGGGGAACGCCGUGCCGGCCUCGGCCACCACGCCCUCGCUGGAGCUGGACGAGAUCCAGGACCGCAGCCCCUCGGACAACUCGCUCAACUCCACGGGCAUCGUGUGCAAGAACACCCACCUGGUCAUGCGGCGCCACGACAGCGGCCUGUCGCCCGACACGGCCAACAGCGUUAGCCCGCCCUCCGUCGCCGUGGACGACGGGGCGCAAAUGCUGAAGGUGCAGGACGUGACGCUGGAGCCCGGGAACAACGCCGUCGUGUUCACGGCGCCGAGCGGUGACCCGGGCACGUACACCCUGAGGCAGCUGUGUGCCACGGUGGGCCAGGUCCAGUUUGUGCUGCCCCACAUCUACCCACUGAUCCAGUACGAGGUGUACUCCCAGGAGCCCCAGCUCACCGUGGAGCCUCUCUCUGAGCCGCUGCUGGCCGGCCUGCCUCAGAGCGUGAGGUUCACCCUGCUCACGGGCCACUACGCCGUGAAGAAGGGCGACGCGCUGCAGCUCAGCAACAGCGACGCCAUGCCCCUGCUGCCCUCCGCCGCCUGCAAGGCCUCCAUCCUCAGCCCCACCAACGAAUGUGUGGGCGAGAGCUCCCUGUCCAUCCAGUCCUCGGAGAAGGUGACCAGCAUCAGCCUGCCCCCCACCCCUCCCUACCACACGCUGGAGUUCCACCUGGAGGUGCUCUGCGUCAUCCCCCCGGGGCCCGACCGCCCCCCAAACGAGAGGCUCACCAACGGGGAGGUGCGCCACCGGCCCCGCAGCUACAGCCAUCCCGACACCCCGAUGACGGCCAUCGACCAGCGGAUGUCUAUAGACUGCCCCUGGUCCAUCUACUCCACGCUGCUACCCCUCACCUUCUACAUCCCCUUCAAGACCAAACACUCCCUCCUCUCCGCCGGAAACAGGAAGUACAUCCAGGUGUGCGUGCAGAACGUGUCGGACGCCAGCUUCCAGCUGGCUGAGCUGAGUCUGUCAGAGAAGCAGGAGGCGUCGCUGGAGCUGCAGUCCCUCAACACUAAAGCCCAGCAGCUGGUGUGCAGUAAGCAGAGCGUGUUCUGCCUGUGGGAGGUGCGGUGGAAGACGGACCUUCCCUCGUGUCUCCAGUGCGUGUUCUCCGCCAGCUUCUCCCCGCUGGGCCAGCCCGCCUCCUCCUUCAAGCCCUUCCUCUACCAGUUCCAGCUGGAGAGAGUCACCACCCUGUACAGCGUGCGGGCUGAGAUCCUCCCUGCGACCGGGGAGCAGCAGUGUCGCUCUGGCACCCUCUGUGGGCUGGAGGUGUGCAUCACGAGGCUGACGGAGCCCGCCGAGGGAGAGCUGGCAGAGGAGGGCAAGACCGACUCAGACGGCCUCCGGACCACAAAGCUCAUGUAUGAAGUGGCCGACAGCAGUAGCAACUGGGCGGUGUGUGGCAAGAGCUCCGGCAUGGUGUCCAUGCCCGUGGCGGCCAACGCCACGCACAGGGCGCACAUCGAGGUCAUGCCCCUGUUCGCCGGCCACCUGCCCUUCCCAAAGAUCAAGGUGUUCAAGUACCUGCCGCACACGGCCACGCAGGCCAUCCAGCCGGACCCUGACAGCUGCGUGGAGAACGACACCCUCUCCCUCCUGGACAAGAACCUGGACGACCCCCAGGGCGACACGGCCAGCCUCCGCAGCCGCGGCAGCGUGCACUCGCUGGGCAGCGGCGAGCAGCAGCGGGGCCUGCCCAUGCCCCGCCUGGAGCCCUUCGGCCCGGGGCAGGUGUUCAACCACAGCCACGCCCAGCAGGUGCUGGUGCUGCCCGCCACCGACGACCACAUCAUGGAGGUCAACGCCACGUGACAGCCCCCCUCGCCGGCCCCCACCCACCCGGUGGCUGGACUUAUUAUUACUACUACUACUACUACUACUACUACUACCACCCCGACCCCCCUCCUACCAGCUCCGUCCUGAUGUCCUCACCGCCCGACGCCACCUCACCUCACCUCGCGUCCCCGUCCCCCCCCCGCCCUCCUCCCACCUUUACACGGCACUGAGCUGGCCUUGAGCACUUGGCGGGGGGGGGAGGGGUUGGAAGUCUGGUUCGCUGGACCCCCUCCACCCCACCCGCUCCAGCCCCCUUUUGAAGCCCCCAACCCCUGCAAGAAGGACACUUUAUCGUCAACGGAGACGUCCCCCAAGAACACUCAGCGACGGACGAAGGACAUCUGCUGCUACUGCUGACCCCCCCCCCCCCCGUCACCCCACCCUCAUCCCUCCAUCACUCCCCCCCCCCCCCCACCCACGCACUUCCCCACCUAGCACAUUAAAACAAUCUAGAGAUCUAUAUAUUUGGCCGCUCAUCUCAUACGCGACAAACAAAGUCCCACCCCUUCCCGCUCUGUGGAACUAUGAAUGUUCGCUGUCCCAUGAUGCUUUGCGGCCACCUGUUGCCAAACCCUGUGCCAGACAUUUGUGGCCAGGGCUAAUGCAGGAACAGUGUCCGCCUCCCUUGAAGAAAAUGCUAGAAUUCAGAUGCACCAAAGCCCCACAUAGCCUGUCUGUAACGCAAGACUACUGGGAGUUGCUCGACUACUGAAGUACUGUAUUUUGAGUGUGAGUGUGUGUGUGUGUGUGUGUGUGUGUGUGUGUGUGUGUGUGUGUGUGUGUGUGUGUGUGUGUGUGUGUGUGUGUGUGUGUGUGUGUGUGUGUGUGUGUGUGUGUGUGUGUGUGUGUGUGUUUGUGUGUGGGUGUGUCUCUAUGUCCUCAUAGGAGUAUGUGUGAUCUAGUGAGUGAUUCUUAAAACUAAGGAUGAGCCAGUGGACAAUAUCUAUCUAUAUUGUCUUUGUCCAUUUUAUAGUUUGUGUAUAUCUAGUGCGUGUGUCUCAAGGGGUGCGUAAGCGUUGCUGAAUCUGUGUCUGAGCUAUGCACACGUAUUGUAGGACCUGGUAGAAAUGAAUGAAAGGAUUACUCAUGGAACAGAGUGUCACCUCGAAGCUGACCGUAAAAGCCCUUCCUCACCACAUUGUAAUUAUACUCCAUUUCUCUGGGCACUGUACAUACUGGUCUGUAAAUAAAUGUGAUUUCAAUCUUCAACAAAAUCUAUGAUUUCCAAGUAUAUAUUAAAAAAAAGCAUUGGAGUUGACUUUGUGCAGUGGGGUUUUGUAAAUAAAAAAUAAAAUAAAAAUA